UGAUGGGUAAUGAUGUUGUUCGAAUCGCUUCACUCCAGCUUUCGUUUAGUUUAAAACUACAUAUACCAUAUGACUUCACGGCCGGGUUUUUUUGUUGUCAUUCUUCUAGUUGUCUCAGUUGUUAAUAUCCUAAUGUCAAAAUUAAGUGUCUCGGAUUAGAAGUCUCAGGCCAUGAUGGAGUUUCCAGAGGAUUUCAACCAGCUUGAACUGCUGGACACACACGGGCACCUGAUCCCCCGAGGGGUGGGCAGUCAGUGGACCGGCAGCAGAGAGGAGGAGGAGGAAGUGGAUGAGGGCAACCACAGCGAGGAGUGGUACCUGGAGAAGGAGGACGCGCUCAAGGACAGGCCGAUGGAGCUCAUUCUGUGGGCAGCAGAGAACAAUCGUCUGGCGACCCUCCUGGCUCUUUUGCGCUCCGACCCGUCGCUGGUGCGCUGCAGGGACGAGGACGGCUACACGCCGCUGCACCGCGCGGCCUACGGCGGCCACCUCCAGGCGGCGUGCGCCCUGCUGGCCGCCGGCUCCGCCGUGGACCCGCGCACGGCGGACGGGUGGACGCCGCUGCACAGCGCCUGCCGCUGGAGCCACGCCGGCGUGGCCAGCUUCCUGCUGCAGCGCGGCGCCCGCCUCAACGCGCAGACCAACGGCGGGCUGACGCCGCUGCACCUGGCCGCCUCCUGCGGCGGCCCGGCCCGGCCCGCCGCCGCGGCGGCGCAGACCCUGGAGCUGCUGCUGUCCAGGCGCCAGCUGAGGCCCGGGCUGCGCAGCGGCGGCGGGGAGACGGCCGGCGAGGGCGCCCGCCGCAGCGGCCCGCACCACUUCCUGUUCGAGAUGGUGGAGGACUGCGUCAGCGUGGUGCCCGCUCAGCAGGACAGCUGCUGGAAGUAG